UUUUUCAGCUGUUUUCCGGUGACAGCAGGGGAAUGACAACAUCGAGUCACGGCCCUCCUUCCAUUCAAGCCGACUGCUACACAUCGACUAAACAGGAAGUUGUCUGCUGCUGAACUUCUGGGUCUGUGUUUGGGGGAUUUAUUCUGUAUGUGCCGCUGGGAGCAGCAGCAGCAGCAUGGCAGAUGACAAGGACGUGUUGAGAGACGUUUGGUUCGGCCGGAUCCCGACCUGCUUCACCCUGAACCAGGAUGAGGUCACUGAGAGAGAGGCCGAGCCCUACUAUCUGCUGUUACCCAGGGUGAGCUACCUGACUCUGGUCACAGACAAAGUGAAGAAACACUUCCAUAAAGUCAUGAGGGCCGAGGACGUGGAGGAGAUGUGGUUCGAGUACGAAGGGACGCCACUGAAAUGGCACUAUCCAAUUGGAGUUCUGUUUGACUUCCACGCGUCCAACACUGUCUUACCCUGGAGCAUCACUGUGCACUUUAAGAACUUUCCAGAGCGCGACCUGCUCCACUGCCUGUCCAACUCUGUGAUUGAAGCCCACUUCAUGUCCAGCAUCAAGGAGGCCGACGCCCUCAAGCACAAGAGCCAAGUCGUCAAUGACAUGCAGAAGAAAGAUCAUAAACAGCUGUGGAUGGGCCUGCAGAACGAUAAAUUUGACCAGUUCUGGGCCAUGAACAGGAAGCUGAUGGAAUAUCCCACUGAGGAGGGAGGCUUCAGAUACAUCCCCUUCAGGAUAUACCAGACACUGAGCGAUAGGCCGUUCAUCCAGAAACUGUUUCGCCCUGUUUCAUCUGAAGGCAACAUGCACACACUUGGCGACCUGCUGAAAGAGAUGUACCCUGCUGCUUUACCAAACGACGGUGAGCAGAAGCGUUACCAGGUGGUGAUCCACGGGAUCGAGCCGCUGCUGGAGACGCCUCUGCAGUGGCUCAGCGAACACCUCAGCCACCCCGACAACUUCCUGCACAUCUGCGUUAUCCCCGUCCCCACUGACUGAGGCCACGCCUGCCGUACCUCACUGUCACCGUGACAACCGACCGACCAGCCGCCCUGCCAGCUGGCUGGAUAACUCUGGAAACGGUAGCGCUAAACGGUGGAAACUUUGAACUAACAGACUCUUUAAGGAGAUCUUACUGAUGAAGAUGAACAAAGGAUGUGAAGGAGGUACAAACUGACCUCCUCUUCCAUCUCGUCUAUUUAUAUUUCUACUCCUCCUUAAACUCCUCCUCCUCCUGCUUCCCCUCAGAAAACUUGUGUAUCAGACGCGAGGAUGAAACAACAGAAAAAAGACACUUGUUCAGGUGAAGAGGUCUUUGAAUGAGCAGAGGAUCGCUCCUUUUCUACUCUCCCAUCUCUCCUCUCCUCCUCUUCUCCACGGGAGGAGAGGAGGUGAACGGAUCCCUCAGUUUUCCAUCCUGCCAUGCAUCUCCCGUCUUGUCUCGUCCAAGAUAGAGACAGUCCUGUCAACAGGGAGACACGAUUGUUUUUGAUUUUGGGAGAAGCGUAUUUGGUCCUGCUGAAGUUGCCUUAGUUACCACGUUCAUUCAUUUCCAUCGCCGUCUGAGUCAUCCCUGCAAAAAUGUCUGGAUGCACAGUCACUUUGAGUUUACAUCACAAAGUGUUGUCAUGUCCGAAAACUUUCCAGGAACGUCUGCUGGUUUGUUUCUGACUUUUUACAGAGGAUUUUCUUUUCAUCAAGUUUCUUGUUUUAACACUUGGCUUCAUGUGACAAAGAGAGGACGAAGUGUGAGUCUCUCCGCUGAUCCCAGAACACUCUGGGUCUACUUUGAUCGUCUGAUGAGAUCUAAUGUUUAAGUUAACAAGCAAACAUCUGGUACUGAUCCUGAAUCAGCAUUAAACUGCAGCUUUAACUGGAAAACAGUGAAACUCCACUUUUGUUUAUUUUCAUUUUUUAUCUUAAAUUCCAUUUUCAUACAACUUACUUUCAUUGUUGAAAUAAUCCUGAAUUACCUGCUAAUGUUUACGUGCUCCUCUCCAGGUUACGCAUUAACUAAAAAUUGCAUUACAUUCUUUGUUAUUGUUGUUUUCUUUGCAGACAGAUGGAGAUACAGGAUUUUCACAGGGUAUCUUUAAAGAGCGAACAAGCUAUUUUUAUGAGGCUGAAGCGUUUUGUGCGGGUCAUUGGGAAAAAAAACAAACUCCACACAUGUUUUCAAUAGCAGGUGUUGAUUUCUCUCCAUCAAUACAACAGUUUAGCUGUUUUACUGUCUGUUUUUGUCAGGUUUGGCUCGAGCUGCUUCGUCUGCAGCCAAACUUAAAUGAGCAUCUGGUUUUGUUUCAUUUUAAGAACUCGGCUCAGAUAAUGAGACAGCAGGCACGAUUAGCGUAAAGUCUGCAGGCUGUUGGGGGCCGCGGUCGCCUGAUACGUCUUACAUAUGCUUACAUUAGCACAUUUUAGUUUGUGGACAGACAAAACUGGCACAAGCAAACAUGACUUUUGCCAGAGCACUAACUUUAGUCGCCAGAUCAGAUCAUUUUGUUGAAUGUUGAGAUCGUAAUUAAUCACUUUUUUUUUUUUGUAGCAACGUUUGCAUCAUAUCAGCAUCCUGUCUUUUUUUACAUCUGUUCAUACUGAAAUAAAAUGACACAUUCAACUGUUAUCCAGAAUGACUUCAAAUAAAAGUGAGUUGAAUUAAA